AUUUAGGAGGCAGUGAAUCAGCUUCAAGCCGCACGACUUGUUUUACGGAGGGCAACCGGGUUCUUCCCAUAGAGACGGCCUCAGAGUGCCACACUGUAGACGCGACACUUGAGCAAAAAACUGCACAAUGGCAUGCGGGUGCCCUUUGCCAACCCAAGGCACGCACCGCUCGGCUCAGUGAAGACCGAGGGUUCUCCUCCGCUCUCCUUGCCGUUGCAAUAAUAAAAUCCGCUUUACCAGAAAAAAAAAAGAAAAUGUUUGGGUUGGAAAAACUUAUGGAGUUCUUUCUCCACCGGCCGAAGCGAAGAAGCAACUCCUGCAAGAAAGGAUCGUGGAAAAGCCGGAGCUACACGGUGGCAGAAGUCAGACCCACGAGCCGGAAAGCGCCAGUGCUGGAGAAGUCACGGACUCUGCCAAACCUCCCGGAGCCAGUCUCCAUCCCCACGAUUCAGUUCUCGCCUCCACCAGGGGGAUCUCUAGUGAGGAGACAGGAGCGAGCUGCUUCAACCACAGGAUCACUCCGGAUUAACAGCACAGCAGGAGGAUUUCCCAGGGCUGAAGUGCUGACCGUACCCGUGGAGAAGAGCGACUCAGCAGGCGAGAUAAAUGAUACAGCACGCAGCUGGGAAAGCUCAGACAAAGCUGCACUCAGGAAAAGUGUCUCUGCGGACGAGCGGCUCUUUCAGCAUCAACACCGGCUGCGUCCCCGUUUGGAGAAAGGGAAGAAUCGGCUCCGCAACGUAUAUAGUCUUGGCUCCACGGAGAAAAGUGACACCCCUAAAAAGACUUUCCAUGUCAAAAUGACACAACAAAUGCAAAACCUGCAUCUCUCGAAUCCGAGGAAGAGCAGCGGGCCAGCCUCUCCCAGCGCGGCCAAGCGACUCUACCGCAACCUCUCGGAGAAGUUGAAGGGUAGCCACUCGUCCUUUGAUGAAGCCUACUUCUUUGGGCGCUCGGAUCGUUUGCGGAAGGCGUCUGUGAAUGUGCAGUCCAAUGAGGCUCUGUUCGAGGCUGUGGAGCAGCAGGACUUGGACGCCGUACAGAUCUUGCUCUAUCAAUACACGGCAGAUGAGCUGGACCUGAAUACUCCCAACAGCGAGGGACUCACGCCACUGGACAUAGCCAUCAUGACCAACAACGUGCCCAUUGCCAGAAUCUUACUGAAAGCCGGCGCCAAGGAGAGCCCACACUUCCUUAGCUUGGAGAGCCGCGCCAUGCAUCUCACCGCUCUGGUCCAUGAAGCUCAGCAGCGUGUUAAUGAGCUGUCCACUCAGGUGUCUGCAGAGGGGCUCAAUACGGACAUCUCCGAGAAGGAAAAACAGCUGAAAGCUUGGGAGUGGAGAUACCGGCUCUACAAACGAAUGAAGGCCGGCUUUGAUCAUUCACGGGUCCCAGAGACGCCAUCUAAUGUCCGGCUCACCGUCACAAGCAGCACAUCACUCACUGUCACCUUUCAGGAACCUCUCAGUAUCAACUCUGCUGUAGUCACCCGAUACAAAGUUGAAUGGAGCCUCUCUAAAGACUUCUCAUCUUUGGCUGGGGAGCUGAUCCUGGACAGUCUGCAGUCCCUGAGGUGCACCAUCCCGGGUCUUUCAACGGGCAGGGUGUAUUAUGUCCGAGUGUCAGCGUGCAAUAUGAAAGGCUGGGGCCCGCCGCUGCUCACUACGCCUGCAUUUGCUACACCUUCCAACUGGAAGGAGUUCGAUGGCCGGGAGCCGAGGUCUCGGGGACAGAAUGAGGCCCUGGAACGUCUCCUGCAACAAGUGCGCAACAUUCACCAGCAUUGCAGCUGCCAAGAGCCAUCCAAGGUGCAGAAUCCAAGCCGCAAGCAGUCCGUGUCUAGAAGUCUGAAGCAUCUUUUCCAUUCUUCAAACAAGUUUGUGAAGAUUUUAAAAAGGGGUCUCUAUGUAGCAGCUGUGGUUUACCACAAAGACAAUAUUCUGGUGACCAAUGAAGAUCAGAUACCUAUCGUUGAGAUUGAUGAUUCCUACUCCAGUUCUAUCAUGCAGGACUUCUUGUGGUUCACUAAGUUGUCGUGCAUGUGGGAAGACAUAAGGUGGCUUAGACAAAACAUGUCCGUCUCCAUGUCAUCAUCGUCAACCCUUCAGUCAAGACAGAAGAUGCUGGCUGCAGCUGGUCAGUUACAGAACCUACUAGGCACCCACAACUUGGGUCGAGUUUAUUACGAGCCCCUCAAAGACCGACACGGCAAUAUGCUUAUCGUAACGGUGCGUGAAGUGGAAAAUCUCUACUCCUUCUUCAACGGCAAGUGGAUGCAGAUAUCGAAACUACAGAGUCAGCGUAAAUCUCUGUCAACUCCAGAGGAACCCACCGCCCUGGAUGUCCUCCUCAUCACCAUUCAGGAUAUCCUGUCCUACCAGAAAAGGAGCCACCAUCGUCUGUCUGCUGGCCUCUACCUGGGGUACCUAAAGCUUUGCAGCUCAGUGGAUCAAAUUAAAGUCCUUGUUCCCCAAAGGCUUCCUAACGUGUUGUGCCACUCUAAAAUACGGGAGAACUGCAACGUUUCCAGAGAAGAGUGGGAAGCUCUCCAGAAGCUGUCUGGCCCUUAUUAUGUGGAAAGUGUGGAUCAGAGCCUUGACAGUCAUUCACAGUUCAUCUUCUAUGAGCUCCAAAUCGCAGUGAAGACUUUGCUUAAACAAAUCAAUCUACCUCUGCACCAGGCCAAACACUUCCGGCUGUACACACAGGAGGUGCUGGAACUGGGCCACAAUGUCAACUUUCUUCUGUUGCUACCAGCUUCUGAUGACGUGUGCACCGCCCCCGGACAGAGUAACCCAUACUCCCCGCACUCUGGAUUCCUUAACCUUCCUCUACAAAUGUUUGAACUCGUUCACUUUUGCACUUAUAAGGAGAAAUUCAUCGGCCUUUACUGUCGUCUUUCUGCUGUCCUGGACCUUGAUUCACUGAUUACCCAGCAGGCCUUAAGAGAAGCCCUCUCUGAUGGGGAAGUGGUGCUGGCAAAGCAACGUCACCAGCAAGUCCUCGAUUACAUACAGCAAAUGGAGGAGAUGUGGAGAGAGGUGAGGUGGAUCAUGGAUGCCUUGCAGUACGCACGAUACAAGCAACCCACUGGUGGGCUUCCAAUAACGUGGCUUGUGGACUCCACGGUGGAACACAUCCCAGAGAAGAUUGACUCUACCUCCUCGCACAUGGACUACAUGCCAACGCCCUCACCUUCUCCUGAGCUGCGGAGGAGAAAGGCAGUCAGUGACUCCCAGCCUGGGUCCGAUGAGGAGGGCUGCUCAGAGGUUUUCCUUCCCACUGACAGCGACUAUGAUUCCAGCGAUGCACUGAGUCCCCGGGAGCUGGACCUUGUCUACUCAUCUUCUCAGGACAUAUCCCAGCAGGCUGUUUCGGGGCUGAGUGGCAGUGCACCAGAUGUCUUGCAGGCUCAUGACCUGAAAAACACCCUCAGCUUAAAGGAGGACAUCCGGCUGUCCAGCGGCUGUGAAGCGGAGGUCGAAACAUGCACAAAAACGGUGGAUGGCUUGACUUUAUCUGUGUUCACCCCCCAAACCUCCGAGAAGUCAUCCCACAGUAAACAGCACAGCCAGCCCCAAAGUAAAAAGAAGCUGCUCUCCAAGCACCAGCGGCACAGCUACUUCAGCUGCCAUCAUCGCUGGCUACGUGUACAUAGCGAGAGCCAGGCAACUUCCUUAUCAGAGGGGGUCUACACACCACAGCGCGAGGAAGACUUGCCACCUGAUUCGGCAUCUGGCGGAUAUGUGCCCGUGUUUGAAGAGCUACCUAGGGGCUCCUUCUUAUCUCAUGCCUCGAGUCUCCCAGAGGAAGAGAAGACACAAUAUCGUGAGUCGAAACAGAAUGUCCGGCGGAUAUUUGUGGAGCCAUGUAAAAAACCCACACUGUCCAACAAGGAAUGCCAGCCAUGGACUCUACAUGUGGGUGAGGUGCCCUCCGUAUCUGAGGCCCCUCCUAGCAUCGCCAUUGGAGACGUGGGACAGGACGUAGAUUCUGAUGACCAAACCGAUUCUCAAAUAUCUGAAAUUUUUAGUAGUACACUCUAGGAGUUGGUAACGUUACUGGACUGAAAAGUCUAUAGCCUUUAUGCAAUUUGUAUGAUACGUUUCCUUCGUUGAACGUUUGUUGUUGAAUAUGUGAGCAUGCAACAAUGUUUUCAGUCUUCGAUUUCUUUAACUUCAGUGUGUGUAAAAGAAGGCUUAAAUGGAUACUGCAUCCUUAUACUUAUUUGUACGGUGCUCUUCCAUAAUGAAAGGGGUGUUUGAAGCUUAAAGCCAAAAGUGGCUACUGACCAUCUCCUUUAAUUCCGAGAACUUUCCAUUUUCAUCCCAGGGCUUGGCGUUGCUUAGAUCCAAUGGGAAACAUGAGUCUGAGCAGAGAGGGCUACGUCACCAAUAACAAAUCUCCAUCAUGAUUAGAUUUCCUAUGUCCUUCUGUCAUAGCCCAGUCAGAAACGAAAAUGAAGAGUGUGAGGAAACGUCCCGGACGGUAGAGCUUACAGGCCGAGUUUCAACAUUGCAUUGCAUGUGUUAGAACAAUUCUGAAAUGAUCCCAGCUUCACUUAAAAAAAGGAGGUUCAUUUCAAAUGUGAAAAGACUUCUCUAGUAACGUUGAGAUGAGGCUGGCCAGUUUGGACAAGACGCAUAUAAGAAUUAAUCUUUAAGGAGAUACUGUCCCUUCUUACUCUUAGUGAAAUAUUAGCAAACAGAUAUUCUCAAUGCCUAUGAAAAAUUUGGACCCCCUUGGACGUUCUCAAAAUGUAUUAUUAUCAUUCAACAUCAAAUCGCAGUGGAUUUAAUUAGGCUCUUUUAACACCGAUCAGCAGGAAAAGGCCAUUGAAUGACAAAGUGUAAACUCUGUAAUGUGGUUUCAAUUGAUUACAAAUCUAAAACACAAAUAUCUGACGUUCAAGUCGGUACAUAGUAGACGGUGGCCAUGACAGCCUUGAGUCUGUGUGCGCAGGUC